AUGUAUUCUAUUCUUUCUAUUGCAGUUGCCAAGGCAACAAUACCUGAGGGUCCACUGUUGUACAUCCAGAGCGGUAGCACUAUAAAUUUGACUUGCAUAGUUACUGAAUAUGCUACUCCUCCUGUUUAUGUCUUCUGGUACCAUGAUGACCGAAUGAUCAACUAUGACUCUCAGAGGGGAGGUAUCAAAGUGACUACGGACAAGGGAGCCACCACGAUAAGUCGACUGCAGAUCUUCACUGCUCAGUCUUCAGACUCCGGAAAUUACUCCUGCCAACCAUCAUAUGCUGAUCCUGCUAAUAUUACCGUACACGUGCUAAAUGGCAGGAGUGCAUGGAGCGCGGCUCAAGGGACACAAGGGGAUGCAAAUACUGAUAACAUUAAAGGAGAGAAGCCGGCUGCCAUGCAACAUGGUCGUCAAAAUAGUGCGCCAUUCCAAGCCAUGACAUCCGUCGUGCUCAUUUCCUUCUCCGUGUUCUCGAGCUUCUACCUGCUAUAAACCUAGUGGCUAACUGGGUGAGAAUAUUGCUCUAAUCAAGUGGCGACGUCCCUUGAUUUAUACUGUGGUGCACCGUUGCCAAAAAGGACAUCACCACUUCCAGUAUUAAUGCUGUCAUCUACUCAAGAUCCAUUCUCUAUGGACGUCAUCCACAUGUUGUCAUGUAUUGAAUGCUGUGAUGAAUUAUGGCUUUUAUGUUGUGCGCGUGUUAUGUACUUGUGACAUCAGACAAACACAAACAGAGCCUUUUGUUACCAUCGUAUUUUAACGGAACAAGAUCUCUUAACUACUCUUGGUUUAAGAAGUCAUUUAUUUUGUGAAAGGCAACAAAAGAAGCGAAGUGUUUUCCUUCUUCAUUAUUUCUAUGGAGCAUUUGUAAAUUCUCUGAUCAUCAUUACCCUGUUCUGAUUUACGUACUGAGUGCUCAACCCUAGUCACGAUCGAGUAGAGAUGACUUGAAGAAAAAUAUAAACUAUUUGUCAUCGAUUUUCCUUACUUCAAUGGAGAAUGAAUGUUGUCUUCAUAGUGCCAUUUGAUAAUGGAAAUUCUAGUGAAGUGACUUAAGCAUAUGACUGGCGCAUUGCAUUGGGUAUUUUGGGCAAGUUGAAUCGCAGAAUGAGAGUUUUAUCUGUUUUUUCAUUUCACGCCUUUUCUAUGGAAAUGAUCAAUGACCAUUUUAUGAAAACAACUAUUUCUUCUUGGGUUUGGUUUGAAACAAGACCCAAUUCAAGCUAUAGUAUUUGAUUACAUGUAACUUAUACCAAAAUUUAAACAGUACAGAUAUUUGAAAGCUGAGUUUUACUAACAAUUCUAACAGUUUUUAUUUCCUAAAAAUAAGGAUUUAAAAGGAAAAUCUGAAAUCAGUCGAAAUAUCACUAUUACUAUCCCUUGGUAAUAUAUGUUUUCGAAUUAUUUUUAUCAAAUGAAUAUUAAUUCCUACUUUUUAGUUACGUGAUUAAAACGCGUUAUACAAUUUAUAAAGAAAUGGCUGGAAGCUUUAAUUUUCCACAAAUUAGGAUAAAGUUUAAAAACAGAGUUUCAUUUUUCUAUAAUAUUUAUUGUACAAAGAAGGUAACUCAAUGUUCUCUAAUGCAAAUAUAGUAUUUUUCGAAGCAACAAAAGUAAUUCCAAGAAUAUAAAAUUGAUUAACCUUAAAGCAUAGUUAUAAAGUUCGAAUAUGAACUUAUUUCUGUACAAACAUGUAUUAAAAUACAACUUGGGAUGAAUUUGUGAAAAAUAGUAUUGAGAGUAAUAUUCUUUAAAAUUAAAAAGAACAAGGUAACUAAAAAUUCCAGUAACUGCCAUAAGGUACUGACAAUCUUUAAAAUUAAUUUUGAUUGCAUGUUCUUUUAAUAUAUGGUAUUCUUGUUUACUUGUAAUUAAUAAAAUGUCAUACCUUUAUUAUUUAUGAUUAUUUUAAAAGUGUAUUUUUUAAAUAAAUCCAGAUAAUGCUUAUUUAGGUUUAAUAAAAACGUUACUUUAACUAAUGAAACUAAUCGUUAACCCUUUGCGGCACAGUGUGUCCGGUCUGGACACACCUAAAAAUUUUCUUCUCUACGCACAGAAAAAUUGAAUGAAAAAAUGAUUUGUAGGUUACCAUAGGUUACUAUGAACCUUCCUUAUUUAUAGUAGAUGGCAGCUCAACACAAGCCAGUCAGUCCAUAUAUUUUAGCCAUGUUUAGUUUUUUUAAGACCCUCAUUUUUCAAAGAAAUCUUCCAGAUUUUUUAGGGUA